UACUUGAAUAUUCAAAAGAAUUAGAAGAAUAUUUAAAGAAAAACAAUAUAAAAAGCUUUGAAUACUCACAAUGUAGUAACCUUAAAUGCAUUGGAUGUGGAGGAUAUGCAAUCGUAUACGAGGCUACUUUUCAAGGACAAAAAUAUGCAAUAAAAAGUCUAAAAAAUAACCUAAGUUUUGCGGACAAUAAAAUAUAUAAACAAUUUAGACAUGAGCUUAAACUUCUUUACAAUGUUGAAGGUCAUCCCAGCAUUGUAAAAUUUCAUGGAAUUUCAAGAG